AUGCUUUCGGCGCUUGUCCUUGUGUUGGUUCCCGCUCUCUCCAUGGGAGCGGACGACUUCUUCAAGGGCAAGACCAUUCGUUUCGUGGUCGGCUUCUCUCCGGGCGGUGGUUUUGACACCUACACCCGGCUGAUUGCCCGCCACUUCGGCAAACAUGUCCCCGGGAACCCCAGAACGGUGGUUCAGAACCGGACCGGCGCCGGCAGCAUGAUCGCCGCCAACUACAUCUACGCCAAGGCCAAACCGGACGGCCUGACCAUCGGCAACUGGAUCGGCCCGCUGGUGCUGCAGCACGUGCUCGGCAAGAAGGGCAUCAGGUUCGACGGGCGCAAGUUCAACUGGCUGGGUGUCCCGUCUACCGACGACAACACCUGUGCGCUCACCAAGGCCAGCGGCAUCAACAACGUCAAGGACUGGCUCAACUCCAAGAGGCCGAUCAAGAUCGGCGCCACCGGUCCGGGCUCGACCACCGAUGACGUGCCCAAGCUGAUCAAGGCCUCGACGGACCUGCCGAUACAGAUCAUCGAGGGUUACGGCGGUACCGCGCUCAUACGGCUGGCGGCGGAAAAGGGCGAGAUCGACGGCGGCUGCUGGGCGUGGCAGUCCAUCAAGCCGACCUGGAGCCAGGGUAUCGAAAGCGGCAACGUCAAGCCCAUCCUCCAGGUGGGUCCCGACAAGCACCCUGACCUCCAGGACGUGGGGGUGGCAUUCGAUUUGGUCAAGGAUGACACCGGCAAGAAGCUGUUGGGGGUGGCCGCUGACGUCUACCGCGCCCUGUCGCGGCCCUACAGCCUGCCGCCCGGAACGCCCGCGGACCGGGUCAAGACGCUCCAAAAGGCGUUCAUGGAUACCUUGAAGGACCCCGAGCUGGUCGCCAACGCCAAGAAGUCGAAGGUGGAGUUGAACCCGUACGACGGCAAUUGGGUGGCGAAGAAGAUGAAGGGGCUCUACGACAUGGACGCCGCCACGGUGUCGUUGUUGCAGGAGACCCUGUUGCCGAAGAAGUAG